AAGAAGGUUCCGUUGUUUUGUUUGUUUCCGUCGGACCUUUUUGUGUGUGUGGACGAACGGAACCUUGCAGCUGCAGAACUCUUGGACACAUGUAAACAGAGACGGGUUCGGAAACAUCAUGGAGCAGAAACCAGCGAGAGUUUUGGCGUGCGGGGACGUCGAAGGCCGACUGACCGCUCUGUUCAAUCGAGUCCAGGCCAUCCAGAAGAAGACGGGACAGUUUGACCUGCUGCUGUGUGUCGGAGAGUUUUUCGGGACGACGCCGGAGGCCGAAGCGGAGUGGCAGCAGUACAAAACCGGAGCCAAGAAAGCUCCCAUCCACACCUACAUCCUUGGAGCGGCGAGCCAGGAGACGGUGAAGAACUUCCCCAGCACCGACGGCUGCGAGCUGGCGGACAACAUCACAUAUCUGGGUCGGCGAGGUGUGUUCACAGGCGUGUCAGGACUACAGAUCGCCUACGUCAGCGGUCAGGAGGCGCAGCAGGAACCGGCGCCGGCUCACUGCUUCACGUCCAAAGAUCUGUCGGCGCUCGUGGCGCCGCUGACCGGCAGCUCCAAGUUCAGAGGAGUCGACAUCCUGCUGACGUCGCAGUGGCCCCGCGGAGUGUGGCACUACGGAAACACACCGGACGUGAACACGAAGUUCUGCGGGAGCGUCUCCGUCGCUAACCUCGCAGAUAAACUGAAACCACGAUACCACUUCGCUGCACUAGAGGGCGCUCACUAUGAAAGACUCCCGUACAGGAAUCACGUCGUUCUCCAGGAAAACGCUCAACACGUCAGCCGCUUCAUCGCACUGGCAAACGUCAACAACCCCGCCAAGAAGAAGUACUUGUACGCCUUCAACAUAAUCCCCAUGAAGACGAUGGACCCGACCGAGCUGGUGAAGCAGCCGCAGGACGUCACAGAGAACCCGUACAGGUCCACCGCGAAGGACAAGACAGACAAACAGAAGCCGAGCUUCAACGCUGCCGAGGAGGAGGAGGAGCCAGCCCGUCAGUUCUUCUUCGACCUGGGCAGGAAGCCGGGUGGAGGUCCUCGAGGUCGUGGCAGGAAGAGAGACGGCGACGGACGGGGACGAGACCAGCAGCACGACGGAGGCGGACAACUCAAACAACCCCGCAGACACCCUCAGCCCACCGGGCCCUGCUGGUUCUGUCUGGCCAGUCCUCAGGUGGAGAAACACCUCGUCAUCAGCAUAGGAACACACUGUUACCUGGCGAUGGCGAAAGGCGGCCUGACGCCUCACCACAUGCUCAUCCUCCCCAUCGGGCACUACCAGUCUGUGGUGGAUCUGAGCUCGGAGGUGGUGGAGGAGAUGGAGAAGUACAAGACGGCGCUGAAGAGCUUCCACAAGAGCCGAGGAGAGCGCUGUGUGCUGUUUGAGAGGAACUACAGGAGCCAACACCUGCAGCUACAGGUCGUACCAGUGCCGUUGGACCGCUGCACCACGGAGGACAUCAAGGAGGCGUUCAUGGUCCAGGCUCAGGAGCAGCAGAUGGAGCUGAUGGAGAUUCCCCAACACACCGACCUCAAACAGAUUGCUCCUCCAGGGACGCCGUACUUCUACGUGGAGUUGGACUCUGGAGAGAAACUUUACUAUCGCAUCCAGAAACAUUUCCCUCUGCAGUUUGGACGGGAGGUACUGGCCAGCGAGGCGUUGCUCAACAUCCCGACCCGAGCUGACUGGAAGGAGUGUAAACAGAGCCGAGACGAGGAGGAGGAGAGCUGCAAACAGCUGAGGGACAAAUUUCAGCCGUACGACUUCGCCUGGGAAGACUAACACACACACACACACACACACACACACACACACACACACACACACACACACACCUUCAGCUCCUCUAACAUCAAAAUGUGUCUCUCAAACUCGCCCGAAUGUUUCAUACUGGAGUUUUUGGUUUUGAUAGUUGUAUAAGUCAGAAUGUGUUCUGUGUCUCCUGAUACAUAAAAAGACAAAAUAAUUUCUUCUCCCGUUU